ACGCAGACACACUAUCAGCGGAGCAGCCCUGAGGGUAUAAAAGAGUAGUGGGCAGAAGUCUGGAGUGAGUAAAGUUUCUGGAGACUGCAGACAUGCUCAGGUUUCUGUUGUUGACCUCUCUCGCAGCCCUCGUGCUGGCUGAGCUGGAGCCCCAGCCCAGGUAUCUGGAGGAUGGCAGCGCUGAGGAGAGAGUAGUGGGAGGUGAGGUGGCGAGACCCAACUCCUGGCCCUGGCAGAUCUCUCUUCAGUUCAAGUCUGGCAGCAACUUCCACCACACCUGUGGAGGAACCCUGAUCAGGAGAGGAUGGGUCAUGACCGCUGCUCACUGUGUGGACAGGUCCAGGACUUGGCGUGUUGUUCUUGGAGAUCACAACAUCAACUCCCAUGAGGGCAAAGAGCAGUACAUGAGUGUGAGCCGCGUCUACAUCCACCCCAACUGGAACUCCAACAACGUUGCUGCAGGAUGGGACAUCGCUCUGCUGCGUCUGUCCUCCGAUGCUUCUCUCAACAACAACGUGCAGCUUGGCGCUCUGCCUCCCUCCGGCCAGGUUCUGCCCCACAACAACCCCUGCUACAUCUCUGGAUGGGGUCGCACCCAGACUGGAGGUCAGCUGUCUGCCCAGCUCAAGCAGGCCUACCUGCCUACUGUUGACCACAAGACCUGCUCCAGCUACGGAUGGUGGGGCAGCACCGUGAAGAACUCCAUGGUUUGCGCCGGUGGCGGCAAAGAGUCCGGUUGCCAGGGUGACUCCGGCGGCCCCCUGAACUGCAGCGUCAACGGCAAGUGGGUCGUGCACGGUGUGACCAGCUUCGUGUCAUCCUCCGGAUGCAACGCCCACAAGAAGCCCACCGUCUUCACCCGUGUCUCCGCCUACAUCAGCUGGAUGAACGGCAUCAUGGGUUGAGAGGGACGAUCUCCAUGGAAACGAGAGAAAACUCUGGAUUCUCCUCAAUUUCUAACCUCAACAGAAUAAAACAUCAUUCAAU